GGAAGCUGUACCAGGUGCAUGGUCCAAAAACGGCGCCGUUUUAGCUUUCUCCCCACGCACAACCCCUCCCCUCUGCCUCGACGUCUCUGAAACAAGAACUACACUGAACCCCAUAGCCCAGUUCACCCUCCAUAUGUCGAAAGCCUAACCCUAACCCUAUGCAAUGGAUCCAACACCACCAGAGUCAUCGCCCCCACCGCUGCCGCCAGCGCCGCUCCCGCCACAAGAGCUCAUCCAAACCAUAACAACGAUUCUCGCCUCCAACAACAUGCCGCUCCAAGCACUGAACACAUACAUUCCCCACCUGACACCGCCGCUGGUCCUCUCAAUCCUCGCCUCCAAAACCCUAAUUUCUCGCCCAAAUAUUCUCAUUUCCUUCUUCAAAUGGGCCCAAACCAACCUCCCCACAUUCCCACACAACUCUCUCCCUUCUCUACUCUCCCUUCUCCCCUCCCUCUUCUCCCACCGCAAAUUCUCCGACGCCAAAUCACUUCUUCUCGGCUUCAUAGCCACGGACCGCCGCCACGAUCUCCACCUCUCGAUUCUCCGCCUCACGAGCCCCUCCAAAGCUCUCUUGGACACUGCCAUUGGCGCCUACGUUCAAUCGGGCCAGCCCCACCACGCCUUCCAAAUUUUCAAGAAAAUGAAGCGCCUCCGCCUCCGCCCCAAUCUCCUCACUUGUAAUACUCUGCUCAAUUCAUUGGUAAGGUACCCUUCGUCGCAUUCGGUUUCGUUUUCUAGGGAAGCAUUCAAUGAUGCCAUUAAACUCGGGAUAGUCCCAAAUGUAAAUACUUUUAACAUAGUGAUAUAUGGGUAUUGCUUGGAGAAUAAAUUUAAGGAUGCUGUGGAGUUUCUGAAUGUGAUGGGGAAAUAUAAUUGUUCGCCUGAUAAUGUGACUUAUAACACUAUAUUGGAUGCGUUGUGCAAGAAGGGGCGGUUGGGUGAUGCCCGGGAUCUGUUGAUGGAUAUGAAGAGUAGAGGUUUAUUGCCGAAUAGGAACACAUAUAAUAUUUUGGUUUAUGGUUAUUGUAAGAUGGGGUGGUUGAAGGAGGCAGCAAAUGUGAUUGAGUUGAUGACGCAAAACAAUUUGUUGCCAGAUGUUUGGACUUACAACAUGUUGAUUAAUGGGUUGUGUAAUGAAGGGAGGAUUGAAGAAGCUUUUAAGCUUAGAGAUGAGAUGGAGAAUUUGAAAUUGUUGCCUGAUGUGGUGUCAUAUAACACAUUGAUUAAUGGGUGUCUUGAGUGGAGCAAAAUUUCAGAGGCAUUUAAAUUGCUUGAGGAAAUGAGCGAGAAAGGAGUCAAACCAAAUGCUGUUACCCAUAAUAUAAUGGUUAAGUGGUAUUGCAAGGAAGGGAAGAUGGUUGAUGCGAGUAAUACUAUUACGAAGAUGGAAGAAAGUGGGUUUUCCCCAGAUUGUGUUACUUACAAUACUUUGAUCAAUGGGUAUUGUAAAGCAGGCAACAUGGGGGAAGCAUUCAGGACGAUGGAUGAGAUGGGUAGGAAAAAUAUGAAAAUGGAUAGUGUUACUCUUAAUACCAUUCUCCGAACUCUCUGCAGGGAGAAGAAGCUUGAAGAGGCCUACAAGUUGCUUAGUAGUGCCCGUAAAAGGGGUUAUUUUAUUGAUGAGGUAAGCUAUGGCACUUUGAUUGUGGGAUAUUUUAAGGAUGGAAAUGUGGAUAGAGCAUUGAAGCUUUGGGAUGAGAUGAAGGAGAAGGAGAUUAUUCCUAGUACUGUGACAUAUAACUGUAUAAUUGGAGGGCUUUGUCAAUGUGGAAAAACUGAGCAAGCGAUUUCCAAAUUGAAUGAGCUUCUAGAGAGUGGUUUACUGCCUGAUGAAACCACAUACAACACAAUUCUUCAUGGGUACUGCAGGGAAGGGGAUGUUGAAAAAGCAUUUCAGUUUCACAACAAAAUGGUUGAAAAUUCAUUCAAGCCGGAUGUGUUUACUUGCAAUAUUCUUCUUCGUGGGCUUUGUAUGGAGGGGAUGCUAGAAAAGGCUCUUAAGCUCUUCAAUACAUGGGUCUCAAAAGGGAAGGCCAUUGAUACAGUAACCUACAACACAUUGAUAACAAGCUUAUGCAAAGAAGGGAGACUUGAUGAUGCCUUCAAUUUUCUCUCAGAAAUGGAAGAAAAGGAACUAGGACCUGAUCAUUAUACAUACAAUGCUAUUAUUACUGCCCUAACUGAUUCAGGUAGGAUUAGGGAAGCUGAGGAGUUUAUGUCAAAAAUGCUUGAGAAAGGAAAUUUACCUGAUCAGGUUUUGCAAUUGGACAAGAAUGAAACAGUGGUGACGAGUGAAACUUCAGAGGAAUCUGAUUCAAGUUCUGUUGCUUACUCUGAAUGGAUCAAGGAGUUGUGUACUGAAGGGAAAUACAAGGAUGCAAUGCGCAUUUUUGGAGAAUCAAAGCAGAAGGGCAUUACUGUGGAUAAAUCCACAUAUAUAAAUUUGAUGGAUGGGCUUAUCAAACGAAGAAAAAGCAUAUCAAAGGAAGCCCGAUGAUACUGACUCCUUGGGUUCUCUUCCUGGCAAUGUCAAAUGGUCCUGGUAUCAUCAUGUUUCACAUGUAUUUGACAGCAUCUAAUCCAGGGUUUCAGGCCUUAAUAUGCAUGAUGUCCUGUGUUUUACAAUUCAUCACCUUCAAAGUUAGCAUGCUGGAGGAAUUUCAUAUGAUGUCUAUGGCAGUUGAAUUAUAUUCUUCAUGAAAAAGUGAAAUUUCUGUGGACCUCUUCUCUCUCUUAUAAUGAGCAAACUCAUGGAUUUCCCUUGUCAUUGUCGGUGGGGCACAAAAGGGUGCAACCUUGCGCUUGCUAUCUAGCGAUCAGUCCCUAGAAAAUUUGUUGUAUGGGAUCUUCUGAAUGAAUGAAGAAGCCCAUGAUGGAUCAACACUGCAUGGACCUUGGGGAAGAAUUGAAUGGUGGAUGCUGCUGAUAUUCCCAGUGAUGAUGUACUUUCUCAAGAUCUUCCUUUAACUGUUUACCUUGUUUUCUGACAGGUGCAGUGCGCAAUCAUUGUUAUUAGAUUGUCAUUGUUUACAAUCUGAACCCUAAGGGAAUCUGAAUCUUGAAUCGCAAAAAUUGAAUGUAAAGGUGCCUAUGUGGUUUUAGGAAAAAAGCAUGGAGGGCUAUGGUGAAUAUAAAAAGUUAUGGCAUUUGAGGUGACUUUUUCUCCUCCCUCUUUCUCUCUCUCUCUCUCUCUCUCUUCUCUAAAUUUUUGUAUUGGAAAACCCUGUAUUUGAUCUUGUGUAUAUGAAAAGUCUUAUGAUUCAUGAUUUGGAGAUUGCAUACCAUGAAACCUUAUAAUAUGUAUUGAGAACAUCUAAAUGGAAUGAAUAAUGUUUACUAAUUUGCUUGUUCA